UUCAACAGAAAGGAGGGGAAAGACCAAAACAGAACCAGACUGGAUCCUUAUUCAGAAGAGACGGAGUCGGGCAGGAGAAUGGAUCUGGUGUAUUCCCCCUCUAUGUGCCUAUUGCUGGCCGCAGUCGUAUUCAUUAUUCUCUAUACUCUGAUAGACUGGGCACGAAGUUCUGCUAGGAAUUUCCCUUCAGGACCCCUGGCCCUACCGCUGAUCGGACAUUUACACAUCAUUAAUCUGAAACGGCCUAGCGAAGCGCUAAAUAAGAUUUCAAAAACCCAUGGCAAUAUAUUCAGGAUUCAGAUGGGGACAGUGGAAAUGGUGGUGCUGGCAGGAUAUGAGGCCGUGAAGGAAGCCCUUAUUGACAAUGCAGAAGCUUUUGCUGGAAGACCUUUUGUCCCUAUUUUAGACGACAUAUUCCAUGGAUACGGGAUUCCAUUUUCUAAUGGUGAAAACUGGAAGGAGAUGAGACGCUUUACAAUUUCCAGAUUCCGUGACUUUGGCGUGGGCAAAAGAACCAUGGAGGAUAAAAUCACUGAGGAAAGUGUUUGUCUGAUUAAAGAGAUGGAAGUCUUGAAAGAUGAGCCUGUUGAACUAACCCCAUACAUAAGCGUCGCUGUUGGCAAUAUCAUUGCAUCUAUUGUGCUUGGGCACCGCUUCGAUGAUUACAAGAACCCAACUUUAUUACGAGUUUUACAACUCACAUCUGAAAACUUGAGCUAUCUCGGGAGUCCUUCCGUUUUAUUGUACAACGUGUUUCCAAUUCUCCGCUUCUUCCCCGGCGACCGCAAUAAACUUCUCAAAAAUCUGAAGGAGCUGCAUUGCUUUCUGCGGGAAACCUUUAUGAAGCAUCUUAAGGUCCUCGAGCGAGACGAUCAAAGAGGUUAUAUUGAUGCAUUUCUCGUCAAGCAACUCGAGGAAAAAGAGAAUUCCAACUCUUAUUUCCAUGAAAAGAACCUGAUAUGUAUUCUGGUAUCUUUAUUUUCUGCUGGAACAGACACAACAAUCGCCUCUAUCCGUUGGGCACUGACAUUUAUGGUGAAAAACCCUCACAUCCAACAACGUGUUCAUGAGGAAAUCGAUCGAGUGAUUGGAUCUUCUCAACCUCAAUUCCAUCAUCGCACAAGUAUGCCCUACACCAACGCUGUCGUUCAUGAAACGCAAAGGGUCGCCAACGUAGUGCCCAUGAAUUUACCCCAUGCAACCACAACUGAUGUUAACUUCAGGGGUUAUCAUCUGCCAAAGGGUACUUACGUUGUCCCAUUACUUGAGUCUGUUCUCUUUGACAAGACACAGUUUGAAAGAGCUGAAGAAUUUUAUCCAGAACAUUUCCUGGAUUCAGAUGGGAAAUUUGUCAUGAGACCGGCCUUUUUGCCCUUCUCAACAGGAAAGAGGAUCUGCAUAGGAGAAACACUGGCCAAAAUGGAGGUGUUCAUAUUCUUCACAACCCUGAUGCAGAAGUUCUCUUUUCACGCUCCUCCUGGGGAACCAGACAUUGAAAUCAAGCGCGGUAUCGGUUUAACCAGCCCUCCUCUUCCCCAAAAGCUCUGCAUUGUGCGCCGCUCAUAGACAUCUAAUUCCAUUAGCACAGAUAAAGUCUAUAAAAGUCUAGUUUUAGACAUACAAAUGAAGCAGGCUUAUGUGAAGUAUCUGGCACGGCACACACAACCACACCCUUUUUCUACUGCUAAAACAUGAAUAAAGCCAAUUUUAUCUUUAUAGUAUGUAAUGAAAUGAGAAAUAAAGGGUAAGAGAUUUGUGCCUUACUUAUGUUUUCCUUUUAUGUCUCCAUCUUUCUCUGGCUGUUGUCCCAAUGAGUAAUAACAUCGGAUAUUUCUAUCCGCAGAAUAAAACUUUGGUAAAGCCUU